AUGUCACAACUUACGUAUCAAUCUAAGUCGUUCCUACCACAAGCAUUAGCGACUGGUAUUCAUUCCAGAAUUUCUAAAGAUUCAAGCAAUGCUCUUCUUGUUCACACUGCACCUCAAGGAAGACAAGCAAAGAGGCACGCUCAACAAAUAAACUAUGCAGAAUUCGAUAACAUUAACGACGAUUUUGAUUUUGAUGAAGUUGUUAAUCACACCAGUCACACAGCCACAUCUGCAGCCAACAAUCAGAUUCAUGCCAAUACUCAAAAGCUUUUUCUCAAACCAGCUCGUCGAACACAUCACCCUGUUGGAAUCGAUGACGAACAGAAGGUUCAAGCACUCACCAGGCAGCAAUAUGUGUUGAUUCCUAUCCGCCUUGAUUUCGAGUAUAAUAAUGGUAAUUCGAAACUUGUUGAUUUUUUUAUGUGGAAUUUGAGUGAAUCUUUAAUCACGCCACAUCAGUUCUCCGUAAUGCUUUGUAGUGAUUUAGAAUUACCAAAUCACCUACAACAGGAAAUUGCAGAAUCUAUUCAAAAGCAGAUUGAUGAAUAUUCUUAUGCAUCCAAUUUGCAACUUCCACCUGAUAAGGAAUAUCACGUAAUUAUUGAUCUCUCAGUAAAUUUAGACAAAAAAUUGUACCAGGACAAAUUUGAAUGGAAUUUGAACCAAAAUGAGAUAACACCAGAAUUAUUUGCAGACAUUGUAGUUGGUGAUAUGGGUUUACCAUUAGAAUUCAAACCUGCGAUUUCGCAUUCAUUACAUGAAGUCAUUAUUAGAAUGAAAAAAGAAAUCAUAGAAGGUAUUUAUAAUCAUGAAUUACAUAAAUACCAACAACUAGGAGGAUUAAUUUUCGAAAGUGGAAUUAGGAUAACGACAGAAUCCAGUAGUCACAAUGGAAAUGACCAAUGGGAACCAAUUGUAGAAAUAUUAACGCCUUGGGAAAUAGAGAAGAGAGAAAUUGAAAGAGAAAGAAACAUUAGAAGAUUAAAGAGAGAAAAUAUUAGAAGAGAAGUUGACGAUUUCAGUUCAAGUAAAAGACGUGCUGGAGUUGGAAGGAGGAGACAUGAUGAAUUAGAUGGGACUUGGAAAAAUUACUGA